AUUGAUAUUGAUCGCAAUGGCCUAAAAAUUUGAUCCAAUUUUAUGCCAGUUUAUACCUGUCUUAAAAAGUAUGGCUGAUAUAGACGAAGCGAAGAUUCCUUCUGUGCGUCAAGGUAAGAUCUUGCUGUGAAUAUGGGCAGAAACACUCUUGAAAACGUUGUUUAAUUCACAUGACCAAGGGUAGCGAUCGCUUGAUUUUAGCUUGUCAAAGGGCCAUUUAUUCCAGUAGAUUUUUCUUUUAUUUUGCACAGAGUGGAGGAAAUAACACAUUAAAUAAAAAAUUCCUGUCGUAUCUACUGUUCAAGUUUUCCACUGAAAAUGUCAUAAUAUUAUACACCUUGGACAUCGAAUCAUUUGAAUCGUCGGCAAAUUUACCAUAUAAAAUCUAGGGGCAUCGAAGUUUAGACAGACAGUUAUAUUACCUGCGUUGAGUUUACUGCUGUUCAUAUUAAAAUCGUGGACCAUAAAACCGAUAUAAACUUUACCUGAGUGGCUCUUAGAAGCUUCGGGCGUGUGUAUCGCAUUUUUGCAACAGUUAUUUUUUAAUGGAAGAAGAGACGAGAUCCCAUUGUGUUCUCAAAUGUCAGCUAGCGGCCGCCAUCUUUGACUGAUCACAUCUUUCAAAUAAAAUUUCAUCGCGUCGCUUUAAUCUCUUUUGUUAAACAAAUUGCGUUAAAGAUCAUUGCAGAACUCGGAGUUGUUGCUAAGCAAAGUAGAUAUUAAGUUAGGAAUUUAUUCUGUAGCGUUGUGAAUUUGAGACUACUGGCAUGGUACAAUUUCCCCACAUGCUGUCUGUAAUCUUCUUGUGAAAGCAUCUUACAAGUGAGCAUCAUUUACUUUACUUACCCAUUUGUUCAAAAGGCCCACCUAGCUGGAGUCUGUUUGUCGGUUAAGCGUGGUAUCAUACGUUUGCGGCAAAAUGGAAUCCGUAAAUCGAUAUUUGAGCUGUUCUGUCACAUAAACGAAUAAUCUUUACUUUCAAGUAAAAUAGUUCGUUCUUUGACGAAUUUUGUGCUGAUCCAGGUCGUGAUCUUGUAAAUCUCAUUGUCUGCUCAUUAUUAGAUGUCGUUCGUAAAAUUAUUAUAGGUGAGAUAUGUUUUUAAAAGAAAGACAUUUUUUCCAACCCGAAAUUACUCUGUACUAGGCGGGCUGUUGCUUGCAUUAGCAGAGCAGACUUAAAAGUUACUAGACAAAAAUUCCAAAUGAAACAGAUCAACUCUGUAAACAAUCUAGUUUCUUUAACUAUCGGACAGAAAAAAACAGAAAACAUGUUCUUCCCUAGAAUCAAAUUUUGGAGCUUUUAACAUUAAAAGUAAACUGAAUAUUUUCACACUUUCGUUUGUGUGAGGUAAGCCGAAACGAGAUCUUUUGUUUGCUCAUUAUUUAUUCUGCCAAGGUCAAUUGAAAAACGUGAGAAAAUUAGAAUUGAGAAUAUUCUUUUUUCCAACAUGUAUGCUCCCUAUGAGGUCCAGCUACAAAAGAUAAUUUGUAAAGUGACAAGCCCUGUUUUAAAAACAUUUUAAAAGCUGUUUUCAAAACAUGAUAUGAAAUUUCACUCCUGAUCAAUUUAGUACUUAAUUCUGCUAAUUUGUUUGCUAUAAUUUUACAGCUGAUUUCGGUGGAUACGACUAAAUUUGUUUAGCAAUUUUUUUGGAAGAUAAUUUUCUCGUUUAGUUUCGUGUUGUGAAAGUUUGCAGUUUCUCCUAAAUCUGGAUCUUGAAAAAGAAUAAAGCUGUCACAGUAGAAGUUUUUUUUUAAAAAAAAAACAAUGUGAUUUGUAUUACUGUCUUAUCUUGUUUUAACACUGUUGGGCUAUAUUAUGUACAAAAUAUAUGUGAUAGUGGGUAAUUGUAUAGUGCAACCAGGUUUUCACUAUUUUUAAAGUAGAAGGGUGCCCAAGAUUGAUAAGGUAGAGAAAGAUAGAAAUUUGGUUUGAGAAUGGUCCUUUUUCGAAUUAAAAAUCACUUCUGAAUACAGAUAUUAACGAUACAUUCACACAGGGUUUGUAGCCUCAACAUAAAGUAAAAUAUUCACAAAUUUCAGCAAGUAAGUGUUUGAAAUUUGAAAAUACCCAAUAGACAGAGUUAUAAACAGGUCUUCUUGUUGGAAUUUGGGAAUAUAUAUUAUUUCAGAUGGAGGGCAGCUAACCCAGUAAAAAAUGCAUCAGUCUUCACUUCUUUUAUUCAGCGGUCAUAGCAAAUUCGAAACUGGACCAUUGACUUUUUGUGGGGGCUUGAAGACAUGUUCUGUGCUUAGAGUACACUGAUGGUAGUACCCAGGUUCCAGUUUUUAAUGAAACCCACGGUGUACAAAGCUGAGCUGUGUGCAAACAAAGUAGUGUCGGAUAGCCUGGAGCUAGUGGAUUUUGUGAUUAGGCUGGUCAAUUCUUUUUCUGACUUGCUGGAUGGACAAGUGAAGUUUUUUUUUUUUGAGGAAUUCGAAUUACAGAAUUACUGCAAAACAAAUUGCUGGUUUCAAUUCCUAACAAAUUCAUUUGCAUCAAAAGCUUUUUCAAGCUGAUCUGGCAACAUGAAAUCAUUGCAAUUACAUGUAUUAUUACAAUGAAUAAAUAAAACUACCAGUAAUUUAUUCACCACUAGUGUUAUUAAUUAUAAAUAAUAAUAAUAAUAAAUUGAUUAUCAAUAUCCUGCUCAUCAAAAUAAUUUUUCAAAAAUAUUAUUUUUAGCAGGCUACACAUAGUAAUAGCUACAAGCUGUAAAACUGAUUUUCUUUGCACCCUUAUAAGGAAAGCUAUGGAAUUAAUCUGUUAAUAUAUUUAUUUUAUUGUCUGCAAACUAAAUUGGGCAUCAGGGCCAGUGAAAGUUGAAUUACCUGCAUGUGUCUUUAACUUUAUAAAGACCUUAAACAUGACUUAAAAUAAAAAUUAAUAGUUUGACUUGCAGGGUGCAAAGAAAGUCAGUUUUUCAGCCUGCCACUCGGGCAAGCUGUAGCUAGCAUGUACCAGCCCACAAGUCAUUUCAACUAUAGCCCCAAAAGUCUUUUUUAUUAGCAGAAUUGAUUACAAUCCUUCUGUAAUUUGAAUGUGCCUGAAAAACAGUACCCCGUCGGGCAAGUUAAGAGCAAAAAUCACUAGCCUGGUAGCAAAAUCCACCAGCCCCGGGCUAUCGGACACGACUUUCUUUGCCUGCUGACUUGGCACAUGACAGUCACACACAGGUAACCAAAUUUGCUGCCAUUUUAGUCCCCCAAUUUUUUUCUCCUUGCUAUAUAUGGCAACCAAUGCAGCCAUACCUUAAAGCUAUGUGGGAUUGUAUCUAUUUGCAUGUUGGCAGUCAAAUUGUGAAAAACUUGCACCCAAUUAUGGAUGUACAUCAGCUGUAGUUUAAAAUAAUGAAAUUUCUAAUUAUUAAAAUGAUUUUAACCUGAUGUGAUUCUAUUAUCCUAUGCAUAAUAGCCCUAAAUUAGAAAUGACAAAAUUAGAAAACAAACUGGGUACGUAAAUAUAAACUUGAAUGUAAACCUAAAAUUUCAUUUGAAACUGAUCACUGUGAUUUUCAAUGCAGAAAGAUUGUAACAUACACAUAGGCUAUGCUCGCUUUAUUGUCCUGACAGAGUUAUUUUUGUUUUUCAGUUUGUCAGGAUUUCAGGGUGCGUGAAGAUGCGUCCCUUGCUCAUCGCCUGCAAGAAGAAGAAUGUAAUUAAUCUUUCUUAUUAAUCUUAACAAUGUCAGUGGGCCGGGUAUGAUUGUGAUUUUGACUAGAAAUCAAGUAUAGCCUUUGAAAUUUAGAGCUCUUAGCUAUUUUCAUCUGCUAUUUGUCAUUAUAAAGCAGCUUUUACAUUGUAGCUUGGUAUUAUUGUAUUGUACCUUACUCUCAACAUGCUCUGGUUACAAAAUAUCCCCUCCCACCUCAGCUUUGCGUGGCAAAACUGUGUGUAGUGAUAGCUAUGAACCAGUCGCUGUACAUACAUACGUACAUAGCCCUUAUUAAAGUGUCUAAGCAUUCUAGUACCUCUUGGCUCUAAUUGGGGAAACACAGUGGAGUUUUAGGUAACUUUUCUUAAUGUUUGUCUGUGUGGUUGUUUUAAUUUUGUAGUUGGCAAUCACUACAUCAGAAACCGGAGUGAAAGAAAAACUGUUCGUGAGGAUGUUAAAGCUGCAAAGAUUACAUAUUUAGAAGAAGUAAAGCAUUCUCAAAUCCUUCCCGAAGAUAUGGUACACAACAUGUGAGUUGAACUAAUAUGUAUCAUUGGUGUAUUUUUUAGACUAGCUGUGCAUUGAACAAAGGCGUUAAUCAUGGAUUCAAACAGUUUCAUGCAAAUUCUUUUGCCUUCAAAACGAACCGACUGAUUUGAGGCAUUUUUAUGGUUUGACAUUUUUUUCAACUAGUUGUAUGCAGUCAAAUUGUGUUAUUAUGUAAGAGUGACUGUUUUUCAAAAAUUAUUCCAUGUAUAUUAAAAAAUGGAAACUAAUCAGGCGAGACACAAAUAACUCUACAGUCAAAUCCUGUUAAUACGGACACUGAGGGGCCAUAGAAAGUCUCUGUAUUAAUGGGGUGUCCGAGGGUCAAAUUUAGAGGAAAUGUAAGGGCUUUCUUUCCCUAGGGAAAAAGCAAACUGUCCAUAAAAAUUUCGUCUCCAUAUUAAGUGUGUGUCCUUACAUUGGGUUUGACUGUGUUUUCUUCAGUUCUAAUGUAUAACAAAGGAAGUCAUCAAUGUUUCCCUUGGUUGCAUUGCUUGAUCGGCACCUGACAGUUUCAAGCAUAAAGUAAGAAAACUGUAAAAUUGGGGUUUAACUAUUGUUUGAUUGACAGUACAGUGGAGAUCUAGACUCAUGAGCAAAAGCACAAAACCAUAAAACCAUAAAGUACCGCAGUGUAAUAGUCUAUUUCCGGUGAAUACAAUGACUACAACUACUGUCGUCUGUCAAUUGAGGCAGGGAACAAUAUCUGCUAUCAGGAAUUGGGAUCAAUUUUUUGAGGUCACUGUGACUUCAUAGACUGAGGAAAUUUGGCAAUAUGCUUAAACAGAGGUUCCGUCUUUAAUUUAUUGUGCAAUUUCAAAGUUUAACUUGUUUGAUUGAAAACCAUUAUGAGUUAAGAUACUAGUCAUGGAUUAGUUAUCUCACAUCUGAUUGGCUUUUUCCUCACCAACUGUGCAAUGACAUUCCAGAAAUAUUUCUGGUGUUCUCUUGCUGUUAGCCUUUUACCUUAAAAAUUUAUUUGUGAUAGUCAGGGAAAAGUAACUUUAUCAUAGGUCAACAAUCAGUAUUGGCCAUAAAAUACUGUUUAUUGGGAGAAAUUUAAACUUCAGUUUAGAGGGCAGAGAAAAAUGAAUUUCUUGACAUAGCUGAUGAAAACGUGGCAAAAAGGAAUAGUAAUUACUGUGAGUAAGGGAUAUUUCACUUCUGAACAUAAUAACCAAUCGACAAUCAUUUCUUGUGACUUCCUGCAAGUAUUGAGGUCUGAGAAAGAAAGGUUAUCUUGGUUUCAAGCUCUCUUCAGCAGAUAUUAAAUAGUAUUUGAUAUUUAGGUGUCAGCAAUUAGUGAUAUUAGACUUCCUUGUAUACACAAAUGUCAAUUAUAUAUAUAUGAUCUUGCACGAAAACGUGCACUAAAUUAUUAACAUGUUACAGCAAGUCACAGUGGCUUAAUUUGAAAAUUUUUUCCUUGAGGAGAGUGAAACAAGUUGUUAUUUUUUUAUAGCUUGGAUCUGUUUUAUUCUUACAGAAACUCUCUAUUUUUAGCAUGCCCUCAUACUUGACAUCAUCAUUGUGUUACAGGGCCAUAAAAUGUCAGUGUUUCUGAAUUAAACAUAAGAUGUUUUAACUACUUUUCUGACUGAUUUUACAUACAUUAUAUCUUAUUCAGUUAAAGAAGAAAGAAUCAUAUUCAGAUAGUGGAUAUUAUUAAGUAGCGAACAAAAUUUGUACAACUUGUGAGCAGAUUUAUUUGCAGACAGUUUGCUAUUAGAAGACGAGAAUUAUUAACUAUGUAAAACAUGUUUGACUUAAUUAUGCAAUAUCACUGAAUUCCGACAAUAUUAUAAGAAAACUGAAAUAUCACGCACAUGUUAAGCUUCAUUGCUUGACCAGACGCGUAUCAUUGCUCAAAAUGAAAGUGAAGUCUCUCGUUUGUUUCUGCAGGCCAAACCCAAACUGGUUAGAAACUUAAAAAUAUUAUGAUUUUUCCUUCAUCUUACUUAAAACUGGGCAUAUGUCAGAGGAGUUUUGUUUGUGUUUUGCAAAGGCAGUGACUAUAAAAUUAUAAUUUAAGUUUGCAUGACUGUGUAUGUUAAAUUAUGUACACUGUAUCUUGAUCUCAGGGAAAGAACAGAACACUGGCUAGCCAUAGAUCUUCAACAUAAACUGCAAAAUGAGGUAAGGACUAUGGAACAUUCUAUAUAAUUAGGUUAUUUAAUUUCUUAAAACUCAGACAUUCAGGUAUGUGUCUGAGCAAGUACAUUCUGAAUGUAGAGUAAUCAAGGGGUGUUGUUCACCGGUAAGCGUGAAAGGAUGAGCAAUGAUCUCCGUGACUAAAACAGUGUAUGCAAACAUAAUUAGGUGACAUUCAAGGAGGUGUGAGAUUAUUUCAGCAUAAAUUGAAGUUCACAUGCUAAAAUGAAUGUACAACUGUAUGUAAGGUGCAAAAUGGAUUCAGAAAAAUAUUAAAUAUCUUUGUGAUUGUUUGGUUUUUGUUGUUUCAAUCCAUAAUGCAAACUUUAAAGAUCAUAGUUCUAGGGCAGAUGUAGUUUAUAAGCUAGACAUCUCAAUUCCAUGAAAAUUUAACAGUUUACUUGUCUCUACAGGAAAUAGAGUGUGAGAGAAGAAGAAGGAACGCUGAAACUAGAGAUGAGGUAUGCCAAGUAGAACAUAUUAUUUAUUUGACUCUGUUGUCUGCUGUGGAUGUAAACAUGCAUAUAAUAUAAGCCGGCCUAUAGCUACAAUAAAGAAAAAUUAUUAAGUAAUAAAACUCAGCACUCUUCUAUUAUUGCAAGGGUAUCAUCAGCCGCUUAUCCAUGUAGUCGAAACAGCCUCUGAAAUGGUAAAAUUUGAAAAGUAGGCAGCUUUCUAUUAAGAGUAUUGCUAGUAAGAAUUUAGUAUUGCUGUUAGAUAUAAAUAAAGCUGUACUUAAACGUAAGGUCAUUAGCUCUGCGUAUAAGUUUGUCUGUGAACCUAUGAUUCCUUUUAGCUAUCGUAGCACCGUUCAUAACUUGUAAAAAAGGAAGGAGUGCGUGGCAAAAAUCCCAAGACACUUGUGAUUGAAGUACUAGAUUUCCCUUUCAAAUUACCUUAUGUUUUUUUUUUUGGAAACAAGGGAGAAUUUGUUGCAUGAUCGAGUUACUUAACGCCUUUUUCAGGCACCCCUUCAAAUAUUAGAUGACUUCCUGGGUAGAAAUACAUUGUACAUGUACUGUAAUCGUGGACAAAGUGGAGUGAAAAUUUAGAUCCCCCUCUCCCCUUCCAAAAUCAAGGAUGGAAAAAUGAUGCAUUUAGGCUUUUGCCCUCUUCACUCUUGAUUUCAAGGGUAUGGGGGGUUUGCUAUGCCAUUUUAUUCUGUCCAAGAUUAUAGGAUCUAAGAAAUAUCCAUACCUGGAAUGGUGCAAAGUCAUUUUAAAUUUUUGUGGGGAGGACUCUCACAUUUAAAACUAUUAGUGUUUGAGGAGAGGGCGCAGAGCUGAACUGUGAGUUUUCAACAACAUACCUUGACCUUGGUGUAUAUUUUCUAUUUUAGUUAAUUUUUGUUUUUCCUUUGUUUCAAUUUCAUUACCCUACAUUACCAUACUCCAAAACAAUGGAAAAAUAAAAAUUAACCGAGAUAAAAAAUUAACUACAACAUGUACAUGUAUGUGCCCUAGACCUUAAGUUAUUCUUUUGUACAGUACUCCAUUCUUUGGAGGUUUGAAAUACUUCAGGCAUUCUCUUACCCUCCAAAACUUCAACCUCCCCCCACCACUCUGUGCUCUUUUUUGUGCUGCCCACAAUAUCUGAGCACCUGGAACAAGCUGCCCAAGUUUCUGUGAUCUCUUUACAUUAAUUCUGAGUAGAACUAGUUCCAAAAAGUGGGUGAUUACCGGUAAAUGAUCACCAUGAUGGUUUAUUGUAUUGUAUUUGUUGUUAUUUAGGCAAUUGCAAGACAGAUGCAAGAAAAGGAAGCCUUAAAACUGGAGCGUGCAAGGCAAAGGCGGUUGGAACGACAACGACAGGAAGAGCAAGAGAAUACAAUGCUCAAUGAUGCUAUUUCACAUUUAACAACAAAUGGCGAAAACCAUGUGAAUCAUUAUGACCCUCCUGAAACACAAACAGGUCAGGCAGUCACUUCAGUUUUGUACAAAAUUGGGCCAGGGGGUUUGGAAAAAGAAAAAAAAGAGAUGAAAGUAGUAGCCUUCCCAACUCUUCUAGUCACGAUUUGUACAUGUAGUUUCAAGCUUGUGGUGGAACUAUUCAUACAGAAGUAGUGUAUGUUGUGGAGUAGCAGCAAUGGUAAUACAGGGCAGUCAUUAAGAGGCGAGGGCCAGGGAUUCCCCCGGGUUACUAUGGACAUGGCCCCUGGCUACUUUCAAAUGAAAAUAGAAGAAAAAUAGAACCAAAACAAACCCUUAGCUGUUUGAUUCCAUGCCUACUUGUUGUAUUUACCCAGCAGUUACUUGAAAUCUUAGUGACAACCCUGGUAAUACAGCUGUACUUGUUAAAACUAUUUGGUUUGUGAUAGUGUUAUCUUAGCUUUACAGUUUGUCUCUUUCACUGCCAGAGUACUUGAUGGAGAAAUGUAAGGUGACUCAAAACUUUUGAGUCUGUGGACGAAAUCCUAUGAUGUGGCUAUUCAAAUGAAAUCUCUCUACCUGUACUUUCAUAUAGUGACAUUUGUUUUUUCAAAAAUAAAUUCACAAAAUGAAAUUUGGAAAGUUGGUCAAAAUUUGUUUUUGGCUAAAUUUGGCAGUGAAAGGGUUAUAUAAAAAAAAUGUAUUACUAAUAACCUCCACCUUCUGCUCCGUUAGCAGCAAGAAAUAGUCCCCCUGUAAAAGAAGACGUGCGACCUCAUCCAAAACUGACGGGAAAAGGAAGCAACAGUAGUAGAGGCUCUGAGAAUGGCUAUUAUCAGGGAGAUGGAGCGGCUGUGGUACAACUUCCCCCACCAGCUGAAGGAGGAAGAUUGGAAUCUGACAGGAUAAUAAUGGCCGAUGGAACAGCAAUUGAUCUGUUUGAUGAAAAUGAUGAUGUGGAGGUGCGCGAGAAGGCACACAAAAGGUCACGAGAAAAGCAGGAUGAGGUUUGUAAUUGACCAUGUAAAAAUCUGUAAAUUACUUAAAUUAAUAAUAAUAUUAUUAUUAUUGAGUGGCCAUGCCAACUGAAAAAAGUGCAAGUGAUGUUUUUCACUAAAAAUUCACACCGCUUCAACUCCAAAAUAUUGCUUAUAUGAUUUUCCCAGCAGUUAACAGUCAAAAAUCUACAUACUGGUGACACCCAUUUUUGGGCUCAUCCUCGGUGUAAAAACCUGUGAAACUCACUAGUGACAUUAAACAAUGAAUACAAAGAUGCCAGUGAGAAGUCAACACAAUCGAGCCAAGGAAAAUAAUAGCUAGAGAGCAAAGAAAAACCUCAAAGGUUUUUACACCGAGGAUUACCCCAUUUUUGAGUUAGUUUCCAGGACUUGUGUAGUGAUGUGAGACAAGUAUUUUUCCUGUUACGCUAGUAAUUUUUCUUGCUUGCUUAGCCCAAUUGUGCAAAGUUCAAGGAAAUUGUCUCUAAAUUAAAUUAGGGCUUGAAAAAAGUCCCGUCUGGUAGUCCGGGACAGGUGGAUUUUCUUGCUGGGAAAGUAACUUUUAAAGCUCAGGGUCUAGGUAUAUCGUCCUCUUACAAAAUCAUUCAGUAAGACAAACAAGAAGUGGCCUGGGGCAAGCAAAAUGUGAAAGUUGGAAUUCAAGUUUUUUUCGAGCCCUGUAAAUCAUAAACUUAGAAGAGGAUGUAGCAGCCCCAGGCAAGGAGAAUUUGAGUCCCAUUCAUGCCAUGUACAGGGCUGUCAUUAAGAGGCGGGGACCGGGGAUUUCCCCCGGCUACUAUGAACAAGGCUCCCAGCUACUUUUAUAGGAAAAUAGAAGAAAAAUAAUUUUAACCAAAAAAAAUCCCUAGCUGUUUGAUUCCCUGCCUACUUGUUGUAUUUACCCGGCAACUUGAAAUCCUGCAUGUACUGUACUGUUAUCAAUUUUCUGUUAAAUUAAGUGUUUCAAAAUAGUCGUUUCUGUCAUUAGGAAUUUGCAAGAAAGUUGCAGGAAGAGGAAAAAAAGGUAAUGUGUGCUAAGGGUGAUCAAAAUUCAAUUUCUCUUUAAAGUGACACUGCACAAUCAGGCUUAAGGGUCAUAAGAAAAGAGAGAAAUAAUCAGCAAUACCAUAGAAAAUGUGCAGAGAACAGUGUACAGAGUUUGCAUGCUAGUAUUAGUGGUCACUUUGAAGUCUUAAGAGUAAUCAACAUCAGUUUUAUCCUCUGAUAGCACCUUUACAUCAUAAGAGAAAAUUGUUUAUGAGAAGUAAUACAUUGAUCGUCCAAGUGAAAAUGCUUUUAUCUUUUUAAAAACAAAUUCUCCCAACCAAUUCUUUAAAACUUAAAACGCGAGAAGAAAAAAUGGACUUGGUUAACUUUCGCAAAGACUUCUGGGUUUAAAAAGAAAUUGGCCAAUAGCUGACCGGCGCGUGCCCAGUAACGAUCCCAGAGACCAUUGCGCGACGCAUUUCAGCUCCAGUUCCCUACUCGUUUCUGUAUGGAGACGAGUCCGGAGUAGUUGUAUGUGGAUUUUAGGACUUAUAGGGUUAAGGGUUGACCAAAUGUUUUGGGCGGUUUUCAUCACCUAAUCGCAGUGUUUUCUCUCUGAACCAUUGAUCUAUAACGCUAGAUAAUAAUUCUUGGUUUGCAACUAAGUGACAAGGCGGCCAUGUGAGGGGUCAAUACAAUAGUAUUUUUUCUCGAAGAAUUUAGAUGAAAAUAGAAUUUAGUUUGCCCACCAACAUGGCGGCCGUGACGUCACGUGCAAACCAGCAAUAAUGUUGAAACAUUGCAAAGUGAAAAUAAUCCUGCAUAUUUGUUCCAGAGAUCUUCAAUCUUCGAUUUCUUUUUUCUUUAGAUGUUAGAACAAGACCGGCAGGCCGCAAAUGAUAGAAGAGUGGCGUUAGAAUAUCAGGACAGGGUAAGAAUAAACAGAUUGCUUAAAGAAAUCCAAAAUUCUGUUAGUCCUAAAACGCCUGAGCCCAUUCGCUCCAAGGAGAAAACGCUUUUUAAGCUAGUGGUGUCGUUUUGUAGCCUCUGUCCAACUAUAAAGAGCUAAAACUUACCACAAAAGCGUUUCCAGGUCGUACACAUGGCAGCGUAAGCCUCCUCCGCUGGCUUCACUGUCCUGUUUUAGAGAACGAGUGGGAGAAUGGGGAGAGAACGGGGAGUGAUAUUUCUCCUUUUUUUGUUCUCAGACUCCUCACGGUCAGGGUCAGUCUAUGGCGGCCUUCUGAUCCAGAUGCAACAUAUUAGCUUGCGAAGUUCGGGCCUUCGCAGAAAGCAAAAGUUCAAGAAAAUUUGGGGUUUAAAAGCGACACAGCAGUUUUUUCUUUUUUUUUUCGCUUUCUCUCCUCCCCUCUUUUUUCGCUUUUCUUCCCUUCUUUUUUUUUCCUUUUGCUGGGUAUUUUGUUGGCUUCAUUUCGCUAGCAAAAGUUUUUGAGGAAAGCUUUUAGGUGAAAGGAAAGGUAGGGGGUAGUAGGGGGGUAGUGGAAUGAGAUUUUCAUUGGAAUUUUCGGGUCAACGUUGCAGGGUUUUUUGACCGAAUCGUACUCAUUCUGGUAUGGUUUGAAAGAUCUCUUCAUCUUGCACAAGUUAGUUGACAAAGUUUUCCUUGACCGUUAAAAAUGAUGACGUCACAAGCGUUAGAAGAAAUGUGGAUCCGCACGGGCGGUUACGGCCGGUUACGGCCGGGGCAAAAUGGGUAAGACAGAUAAAGUGAAGAUAACACUUGAAGGAAACCCCAAAAUGCUUGACCAUUCAGAUAAAUGAAAGCUAAUAAACAGUACUUUCCUAUAUGACGUAUUGGUAACUGGAAAGUCAUUGGAUGUAAUAAAUAGUGUGAUUUCAAUGAAAAGCUAAUGAGUAUUACAUUCCUGUGUUUCUUAUCAUGUUAAAUGUGACCAUCCAAGUGAAAUCUCUUUAGCAGCGCUUUCAUGCCAUUCUUUGGAAUUAAACGGUUCUUAAGGGAACGUUUGGCUGAGUCAACAAUUAUACUUAACAUAGUGCUAAAUGUUAUAAUUACAGGAAUUCGCAAGAGAGUUACAAAGAAGAGAGUACGUUCGAUUACAGAAGCUCAAGAGAGAAAGACAGCUGAGAAGAGCUCAAACAGUUCCCGCUGAGAGUACUGCUGGCGGAAGCACAGGAGAACUUCAGGUGAGACAGGCUGCACUGAACAAGUGUUGACAUUUUGCAAGUAAUGGUUUUAGUAAUGCUUUAACUGAGUUUUAGUCGUAGUUAUACAUACCGUGAGAGAAGCAAUGUCUCGCAGUAUAUCCAUCGUAGUGUUUUGAGGUAAAAGAGUUCACGCUUGCUCACACUCAAGUUUGUUUCCCGCGAUGCUCGUUGCGUGCUUUCCGCCUUUUGUGCGGGAAAUUCCAUAACCUCUUUUUCUUAUUGAAACUUUUUCGUUUCCAUGGAUGUCCCAUAGCAAACUUAUAACGCGUACAGUUAAAAAAAACCCGAAGCAAAGGAUUUUCCGCGAGAAAAGAGAAUCAGUGUGUCUUCGUCUAGUGGGCCGUUUGCACGGUAGCCGCAUUUUACUCUUGCUACCAGAAUCCUCCAGGGUUUUGUUUUCUUUUGCAAAUUUGGGCUUUUGUUAUUUAAACCUCACUGGGAUUACCAAAUUUAAAUUAUGAAAAGAAAAACGAAAUGAAUUCUUGUGUUAGUAGUAAAACCCGUAAUCGUGCAAAUGGGUUAUUGACUUGACUAGUAUUCUUCCUAGUUAGCGUUGUUAACGUCAAUAUGCUGUGUCCCCUAAAAGUUUUUUACAGGACAGUUGAUGGAGCAAUGUCCGUAUUAUUGACGCUACCUAUGAGAAUUUGUUGACGGGACUUGAAAAAAGUGUCUGUUGUCCGCUUUAACGGGUGCCCGUAUUAAGGGGGUUGAAUUUAGAGACAAACUUACGGUUUUCGCCAGGGACAAAGAAAACUGUCCAUUACAACGAAGUGUCCCUUUUAAACGGGUGUCUCCAAAGUUGAGUUUGACUGUACGUGUCCAAUUGUUUUCGUCAAUAAUCUACCCUGUCAUCCUGUUUCCGGGGAUGCUCAGUUAGCAAUGUCUGAUCUUUGCACCCAUAACUGGUCAAUUCAAAUUGCCAUUCAGUGCUUGUUAUAAUCUCUACUUUCGUCAUUUUAAAUCACCAUUCCCGGUUUGAUUGAUUUUUUUUUAUAGUCACAUCAGAGACUACCAUCGUAUGACGAGGCAGUCCAGAGAGAACCAAUCCCUGAUCUUCUGCAAGACGACUCUCUUCAUCAGAAACAACCCAGCCCUAGACGAGACAUGAACACUCAACCGGAUGGUUCGUUUGAGCGGCGAGACAAGGCGACGAAGCGAAUAUCACAAGCAAGCUCCUAUGGCUCUCAGUCGUCAACGAGUGCAUCACUUGAAAGAGAGUCACUGCGGCAUCAACAAGAUUACCGACUAUCAGAGUCACCUAACCACUCGCCGCUGUCAUCCCUGGAUGGCUCGCUUGAAAGGACAGAAGGAUAUAUUAGGCAGAAUUCUCACAGAUCAUCAACCAGUUCAUCGCAUUCCGCCUCUAACAUACGGCCUGUCCAAUCGCCAACUUCUCCAGAUACGAGAGAAGCUGUGUGGGAAAGGCUUUAUGAAGAAGGUGAUGACAUUCCACGACAUUCAAGGCAUCAAAGGAUUGUGGAAAGACGUACAACAGUGGCCAGCUCUUCGCCUUCAAACUAUUUAGUCACGGAGUUGCAAAAUAGCGGUAGCUUAAGAAAUGGAACUGAUUGUAACAUUGCUGAAUUGAUAGAUCCGACAUUUAACAGGAAAACACAGAAUAAUAAUGAAGCAAGCCCUCCGUCGACUCUGGGAAAUCCAGAAUCAAAACCCAAGCCAGUUGCUCUGAUACAACCUCAACGCAGACGGAACUCUGAUAAGAAGAAGAAAGAGAAGGAGAAAGAAUGUAAGCAGCAGUGAGAAAGGGAACUUUUAAAGCAUUUUUAGCUUGACUCGUUCCCAGUCGUCUUUCAUAACUAAUCUCGUACCCCGAUCUCUUGUUGACGAAGCCGAAGAGAUCUGGGUUCAAGAUUAUUUCACGACCUCUCCUUAGUGGCCCUCGGGGUGUGACAUCACUCCCCCCCCCUUGCGCGCGCGUCACGCGAAAACGAUUGGGUACGAGUCACUGUUCGCAAUGUAUUAAUGGUUUUCCUCAGGGGAUGCUAGCAUUGAAGGUUUCUAGCACUUUUCCUUAACGAUUCUCCUCACAGAAUGCUAGUGGUGAAGAUUAAAAAAGAGGUGAACGUUAUUUCUCCUUGUCAACCAAAACUUGCCCUGCAGGAGUCCUGGCAACCGACGAAUUGAAUUCGUCGUCGUUUCCACGAAGCAUGAAUUGUGGUGUUAUUACGCCUGAAACAUUUUUAGCUUUUGUAAGACACGCUUCUGUAAAAAGAAUAGGUAUAAUUUGUUUCGUUAUCAUGACAGUGAAAACCUGAAGCUGCAGUUCUCUCUCAGGUUCAAAAAAAGAAGGAAAGAAAAAGCACAUUACUAGUUGAAAAUUGUGAAGUGUCAAAGUUAACAUUGUGGGUCAGAGUUGCGUAGUUCUGUACGGCGUCUUCCCAGGCCUUCUCGGUCAACGCUUUUUGAGAACCGCGUUGGUACCACGUGGCCUAAAACGCACAGGCUGCGUGAAGUCAUCGUGGGAACUAAAACCCAUUCCAAAAAUCAGAAGAUCUUAGUGUUGUUUUGACUGACAAGGUCCACCUAUUCUCACGUCUGGACUGCCACAAGGGGCCGGUGAUGUCGCUAAAUUUAUUAGAAAGUAAUAAUAAUCCGGGAAUGAUUAGUAAUAACGGAAUGAUGAAUCGUUGCUGAAAGAAAAGAAAAGAACAUAUGAAAGAUGUGAAUUAUUCUUUAAAUUGAGCUUACAGAAGCCAUUUAUGAUGUACGGUAGUUAAUUUUCACGAGACACUCAUUUAAGAGAACACGAUGUCUAGUUUCUUUGUAAAUCCUGUAAUUAAUUGAGUCGUAAGGUUACAUUUCGUAGUUUUUAGUUUCUUAGCUUAUGUUUACACUUUACCGCGCCAGCACGAAAAACAUACCGGAUAGGGUUUCUGUUCACGCAUGAGAACCGUGAUUUAGGCGCGAUUUCUGUAACGGCGAGAAGCUUCAACGCGCCGAUCUCCAAAGUGGAGCGCGUCACAUAUCGGAUAGGUUCUGUGCUACACUUUGGUACCGUGUGAGCAGGUAUUCAGAGUGAGGCCAAACGACUCGUUCCCGUUUCGGCCGUUGCUGGUCAUAGGAUAGUUUUUUUGGUGUGUCGACACGUCGUUAAGGUAUGCGGUAUAGUUAAGACAUGGCCUGAUAGUGCUUUUCUAGGGUGAAUCCUCUUUGAUUUUAAACAAAUAAUUUGAUUUUUUUACUGACAAGCUACUAACGAUCCAAAUUUUUUAAGGACGUGAUAUCUGAAGCGUGAUUGUCAUUGGCCGUAUUCACACUAGAGACGGAUUCUCCGUUAGAUAGUUCGUGUGAGACAGAUUAAUACGUCUUAAUUUAAAAAUAUAACGGUUUUAAUUUUGAAUGGACAACCCACCUGACUUUAUCCAUCUGUUUUUCCGUCAAUUUUGACAGAUUUUGAAGGUGGAUUAUCCGUCUGAGGCGGGUAAAUCGUCUCUAGUGUGAAAACGGCCAUAAAGACGCAUCCUCCGUCUGGACGGAUGAUGCGUCCUCUAGUAUAAAAACGGCUAUUGCCUUUACUUUUUUAGCAUUUAAAAUAGCAAAUCUGCUUUCGUCACCACCAAGAUUUGACACAAGAAAGCUAUUGCAUUUUUUUUGGCACUAACUGGCGCCAAGCCAAAACGUAUCA